AUGCCGUCUGAGCAGACUCGAAAGAAGCUGAAACCUGUUGACAGUGAGCAUCCGUCGCAAGGCUCUAAAGCCUAUCACGCUUUCCCACGUAACUGGACGGCUGUGGGGCCGCUGCGCAGAUCACCCGUGCUACCCUGUGCUAUUGUACUGCAGCGGUGUGUAGGCGUUGGGGGCGCAGUGUACCAGCGCCGCUCAGAAUCACAACUUGUUCUGCUUAGAGUGCCCGCCCUGCAACUGUGGCUUAUCUCGCAUUCUCCGGCACUCAUCAGUCUGCUCGUAGCCAUGUUCGAGCAUUCCGCCCUCAGACAUAUUCCACCCCUCCUGCUCGCCAGCAUCUGGUCUGUGGGCAGGACCAUGGCUUGGACCCACGGCCCUGAACAGGCCAUCGCCUCGUCGGAGGCUGUCUGGUCGCUUUUCCGAAUCGAAGGGUCCCGCGUCACUACUCUCGGUCUCGCCGUUUAG